GAGGAAGAACAUGGUGGCUGGGGCCAGAGAUAGGCCAGCACUGGUGCACAGCGCCACUCACACUUGCGCAUUGUUCCGUGUCCAGCUGUGCCUUGUGCCUCUGGGCUGAGAUGACGACAAACCAGUGUGUGGGUGGAGAGAGAGAAAUGAAAAAAGAGGGGGUCUCUGACUUCCAGAACAGUAUUCUUCAUCACUUUCCUUUAUCUCCUUGCGAGGUCAAUGUAUGGCGCCUGAGACCCUGGACCUUGCCUGGAAAACUACAAUUCCCAAGAUGCAGUGGUGCAGGUGGGCAGGCAACUGGAAAUCACACCUGCCAGGAAAGUCCUCUGGUCCGGAGCAGGACGACUCCUUCGACUUCCUCUUUAAGAUCAUCCUGGUGGGAGACUCAGACGUGGGGAAGACCUGCGUGGUCCAGAGCUUUAAGUCUGGUGUCUUCAUGGAGAAACAGCAAAACACUAUCGGGGUGGACUUCACCGUACGAACCAUGGACAUUGAUGGCAGGAAGGUCAAGCUGCAGGUGUGGGACACGGCUGGACAGGAGCGUUUCCGCACAAUCACCCAGAGCUAUUACCGCAGCGCCCAUGGCGCUAUAGUGGCCUAUGACAUCACACGGCGUCCAACUUUUGAAUCUGUGACACACUGGAUCCAGGAAGUGGAGCAGUACGGGGCUGCGAGCGUUGUUCUCAUCCUCAUUGGGAACAAGUCGGAUCUGCAGUCGGAGAGACAAGUGCUGUUUGAGGAUGCCUGUACUCUGGCUGAGGGGAAGGGUGCGCUGGCUGCCUUGGAAACCUCGGCCAAGGAGGCCCAGAAUGUGGAGGCAGCCUUCGUGCUGAUGGCCCGGGAGCUGAUGGUUAGGAACGGCCUGACCAUCACAGACGAACACUCACAGGCCUCCCCACACUUCCCAAACUCCCAUCCUAUCCAUGGCUCCGAUUCCACGGACAGGAAAUCAUGUUGUUGAGAGAAUUGAUGGGCAAGGUGGACAAGAGGUUGUUGUGCUGAUGGUCCUGAUAAUGAUAUAAUUAACCUAUAGAUAAACUAUAACUGUCUGGAAUCAACGUUGCCACAAAGCCUGAUAGUUUUAGACUGCCACAUCUAAAGGUGCUGUCAAGAAGCGUGUUGGGAUAGAGGCUAGGGGUUAGGGAUGUGUGUGUCUACUAUAUUGUGCGUUGGUGGGGAUGGAAUAGAUACAAGUAAUGUAGUGAUGAUUGAGACUAUCACUGCCACUGAAAAGUCCCACUCCAGCGUAACCAGUAUUUAAUAACAAAAAGUGGUAAAAGUAUCCUCUGGCCACCUGUGGUCUAUUGUAUGUGGCAAAAUGACUGGUUUCAAUGAACACUCCUAUUGUUUGAUCUUUUACCUUUAAAAAAAAAAAAGUGUCCUCCAGCUUUUCAAAUAUAGUGUUGCAUUGACAAUU